AUGCUAGGUAAUUCAAGAAUGGCAUAACCAACGGGAAAUUAAACGGAAACGACCUCCAUUAGGCGGAUGAGUUUACCAAUGAGGAAAAAGGGGCGGAGUCACAGCGAAAUUACGAUAAACUCGUCUCGCUAAUUUGAAAAAUGGCUGUAAAUGUAAAGUUUUGAUUGGAAAAGUAAUUUUUUACUGUGUAAAAUACGGCGGGACAUUUUAGCAUUUCUUUUUAUAAGUUUUGGACACGCUUUCGAACAUGUCAUAAUGACACUGAAUGUAUGUCAUGAUGACAUAUUUUACGAAAUUUUUAAAAAAUGUUAAAAUUGGUUUUUUUAGCCAUAUUCCGUAUUAGAAAUGACUUCUUGACCUCAAACUUCAUAUUUGAAUAUAUGUCAUGAUGACACACUUUAUAAAAUUUAAAAAUCUAAAUUUUAAAAUUUGCAACAAUAAGUUCCUUAUGUUUCAGCGACCCUAGAACAACUGCAAAGUCACGAGAAGGCGGGCGAUCACUCGACUCUGGAGACUCGAACAUGCCCAUUGUGCACCAAGAAGCCGACUAACUCCACCCUGAAAACCCACCUUCUGGAGGCGCACAACAUCACCGACGAGGUCGCCGACGAACUCAUGGCUUCGAUUCCUAUCUCUGCUGCUGGGUAUGGUUUUAAAUAUUGAGUUUUAUGGGCUUUUAGGCUUUUGGGGUGGAUUUUGAGAGAAAUUAGGUUGGUUUGGGCUUAGUUUUUGAAACUUUGGAAGAUUUGUUACCUAAAAUAUUUUUUUUUCAAGUGUUAAUUUUGAAAAUUGAAAUUUGAUGGUUUUAGGACAUAAUUUUUGGUAUUUGUUACCUAAAUUUGUAAAUUUUUAUGGCUUGAAACUUUCUUUUUGAACUUGUUACCUAACAUUUUAAUUUUUGAAUUUUGAGCUUAAUUUUUGUCAUAUGUUAUAGGGAAAAUACAAUUUUUUACAGUCUGUUAUAACUGUUACUUAAACUUUGUAACUUUGUUACCUAAAAUUUUUGAAAUUUUUAACUUUCCGGCUUAAUUCCGACUAUUUUUUACCUAAAAUACAACUUUUUUCAAAGGUGGUUACCUAAAACUUUUUUAAAAAAUUUUUAAGAUUUGAGCUUUUUUUUGUAAUUUGUUACCUAAAGUUUUAAGUUUUCUAUUUUUAAACUUAGUUUUGACUUUUUAUUGUCUAAAAUACGACUUUUUUUUUAGUUCUGUUACCUAAAAUAUUAAAUUUUUUGAACUUUUGAGCUAAGUUUUGACCAUUUGUUACCUAAAAUAGCCUUUUUUUAAAAAUCUGUUACCUAAAGUUAAAAACCUUUAAAAAUUUUUUCAAAUUUUCAAUCCCAAAAACCGCAAAAGCCAAAUCACAUUAACAUAAACGUUGUAAACGACUCUACUUAAUUAGCAUUAAGCCGUUUUGGCUUUUGCGCGCCGCUUAAUUUGAAUAAAGCGCCGCUCUUGACGGCUUCCAACUUGGCCACCGUCUGUUCGAGACCCAGCAUUCUGAAGCCGGGACGGAUAGGGGGGUCCCAGGGGGUACGACAGAUUUUUUUCGAUGUUAAUAUAGGGGGAUGGGUAGGUUCAUAUGGUCGUUUUGAGGGAAAAUAUGGGAGGGGCAGGAGGAGGUAGGGUGGGGAGGGUAAGGAAGAGUGGGGGGGUGGGUUUUGGUUGAUUUUAAGGGGAAAUUUUAAAUUUUGAUCGAUUUUGAAAAAAUUAAAAAAAAAGUUCAAAAAGAGGUCAGAAAGUUCGUAGAAUUAAAAAAGAUGGUCAAAAACUUCAUAGAAUUUAAAAAAAGGGUCUAUUUACUUUUUGAUCGAUUUUUAUUUUUUUUUAAUUUCAACAUGUAUAUCAAUUCAAUAACAAUAUAUAAUUCAAUGUCAUCUUCAGCAAAGACAUUGUCGGCCUCUACCGCCACCGCUGUAGCCACUGCCCGUUGGUAUUCAAGCACGGCGAACAACUCAAGUCACACGAACUGACCCACUCAUUCCGACUCAAUCACAAGUGUACCAGCUGUACUAGAACCUUCUCUUCCGUCUUGCUUCUAUUACAACAUCAACAAGAUGAACACAUUAACUCGGAUCUGAGGUGCGAGUUGUGUUCAACCAACUUUGGUGAUAAGAACAGUUUGGACAGUCAUUUGGUCAGUGUAGACCAUCUGAACAGGACCAAACAGUACCUGGAGGACCAGCCCAACAAACUGCAGUUGAAUGAUAAGGUAGGGUAUAUUGAGGUAGGGGAUAUUGAGGUAGAGUAUAUUGAGGUAGAGUAGUUUAGACCAGCCAAACUAAACUCUCAUUUCCAGGUAAUGCAACUCCUCCAACGCUCAUCAGAAGACCGUGACUCUCCACCAAAGCCGUAUCGUUGUAACGUCUGUCGCCAAAGCUAUUCUCAAGGCUCCACUCUGGACAUUCACCUGAGAUCGGUUGGGCAUCAGAACAGAAUGAAUCGUCUGAAUGAACUUCUGAAGAACGGUGAAAUCGAAGCCACGAAGCCGGUCUCCGAACAGCCUGGAGGCAUUCCACAGAAAUCGAUCGGGGAAUUGGUCGAUUUGGACAAGGUCGGUUUGAGUUUUAAAAUUUUGAUUUUUUUGUAAAAUACGGGUAUAAUUUCCAUGAUUUUAUAAAUAUGUUGUCUUUUUUAUAGAUAGUAUGGCAUGAUGAAUAUAAGGAUAGUUUUUUAAUUUUAAGGGCAUUGGGCAGGGUAUUGUGAGGAAAUGGAUUGUAGGAUAA